AUGACCGAUUCUCAAGCACUAGUUCCUGGGCCUUCACCGCCUCAUAGCAAAGCUGAAAUUUGUUACGGAGCUACUUUUUUCAACAUCUCUUCUUAUGGAAUCAUGGAAAAAUAUGAAACUCCUACUGUUAUCUUCGGAUAUGCAUUGCCUCUCCUUGAGCUGCAGAUCAUUCUCAUCUUCGUUUGCAUCGUCUUAUCUCAUAUGUUCCUCAGACGUAUUGGCAUACCACGGUUCGUCUCCAACAUACUUGCUGGUUUGAUUCUUGGACCUCAGCUGCUUGAUCUUCUGGAGUAUUCAUCGGACCGAUUAUCGUUAGACAUCCCCGGAAACGUAGCGUUGGAAGGUGUGGCCAGGCUUGGGUUGGUAAUGUUCACGUUCUUAAUGGGCGUGAAGACCAACAAGAGAGCGGUGUAUCAAAUCGGUAAACGUCCGAUAGUAAUCGCGGUUUCGUCCUUUUUCGUGACUAUGAUCAGCGGGUUAGCCUUCAGAAACUUCCGUCUCGACAAGGUCGACCCUCUUUAUAUGCCUCUGAGGCUAGCCCCAACAGAACGCUCCGUGAUUGUAUCGAUUCAAGCAGUAACGCUGUUACCGGUCAUAACCCACCUCGUAUAUGAGCUGAAGAUGUCAAACUCCGAGCUCGGCCGCAUCGCCAUAUCUACAGCCGCCGUCAGCGAUUUCCUUGGAUUUCUCACUCUAGUAUGCAUCUCCUACGUUGGAACAUACAGGUAUGUAUCGCCCGGAAUAGCCAACCGCGACAUAGUGGCAUUGAUCAUCUUAGUCCUUGUGAUCCUAUUCAUCUUCAAGCCAAUGGCACAACGAAUAGUGGACAUGACCCCAGAAGGCAAGCCCGUACCGAAAGUCUACUUAUACGUAACAAUCCUGACCGCAAUCGCCGCGAGUAUAUACUUAAGUGUUUUCAACCAAAUGUACAUUCUAGGAGCUUUAUUGGUGGGGUUGGCAAUCCCAGACGGUCCGCCUCUGGGAUCUGCGUUAGAGGCAAGGUUCGAGAGCUUGGUUACAAACAUAUUUUUCCCUAUUUCAAUCGCGGUCAUGGCGAUGAAAGCUGACGUUGUAAGAGCAUUGUAUUCGUUCGAUGACAUUUCCUUUAACAUACUUCUACUGGGUCUUACAGUGGUAGUGAAAUGGACUGCCUCUUUUGUACCUUGCUUGAUCUUCUGCGAGUUACCUACUAGAGAAUCCGUUAUCAUCGCCACUAUCAUGAACUAUAAGGGUUUUGUUGACUUAUGCUUCUUCGAUGUCGCCUUAAGAAGAAGGAAUUUGUCGCGAGCAACGUACACGGUCAUGAUUAUUUACGUGCUAUUGAACGCGGGGAUUUUGCCUACGAUUAUAAAAGCACUAUAUGAUCCAAAGAGGAAGUAUAUUGGAUAUGUCAAGAGAGACAUUAUGCAUCUUAAAACAAACUCAGAUCUCAAGAUUCUAACUUGUUUGCACAAGCCUGACAACAUCUCAGGUGCGAUCUCGCUACUUGAAUUGCUUUCCUCGCCGCUAAACAACGAUAACAAAGACAGAGGAGUCAUUGCUGUCACGGCGUUACACCUAGUGAAACUCGCAGGACGUACGUUUCCCAUCUUGAUACCUCAUGACAAGCGGUCUAAAGCGCGGUUGCUUCAAAACUCUUACAUACAAACAAUGAUGCUCGCGUUCACCGAGUUUCAACAAGAGAAUUGGGAAUCUACCACUGUUAGUUCCUUCACAGCUUAUUCUCAUGAGAACCUAAUGGAUCAAGACAUUUGCAAUCUUGCUUUAGACCACCUCACAUCGAUGAUCAUUGUCCCUUCGGGACGAAAAUGGUCACCCGAUGGAGAAUAUGAAUCAGACGAUAUUAUGAUCAGACGUGUUAAUGAAUCUCUCCUUGACCUCGCUCCAUGUUCUGUCGGCAUACUUAACUACCGAGGAUAUAAUAAAGGUAAGAAAAAGACCAACAGUAUCAUUAACGUUGGUGUGAUCUUCAUUGGUGGUAAAGAUGAUCGUGAGGCGCUUUCCCUUGCGAAAUGGAUGGGACAGAACUCGAGAGUGUGUCUUACUGUUAUCAGAUUUUUGUCUGGUCAAGAACUAGAUAAGUCCAAGAAUUGGGAUUACCUUGUUGACGACGAGGUCUUGAAUGAUUUGAAAGCGACAUAUUCAUUGGCCAACAAUUUUAACUAUAUGGAGAAGGUAGUCAACGGUGGACCUGCGGUGGCCACCACCGUUAGAUUGGUGGCGGAAGACCAUGAUUUGAUGAUUGUAGGAAGAGAUCACGAAGAUUAUUCGCUGGACUUAACAGGGUUGGCACAGUGGAUGGAGCUUCCGGAGUUAGGAGUCAUCGGAGAUUUGCUUGCAUCCAAAGAUUUAAGAGCUAGGGUUUCUGUUUUAGUAGUUCAACAACAACAACAACAUGGAUGA